AGGCAGCUCUCCUCUCCGCCUGCCUCAGUGCUCCCCCGGAAGAGAUAAGCUGUGCUUACUUUGGCAUCAUCUCCAAGCAACCCGGGAAAAACUGGAUAACACCCCUCCUUUCUCUGCCUCUGCGCCAUUCCGCCCCGACCCGCGCCUCCCGCUCCUUCCUCUCCCUUCUCCGCACCGGGCCGCUUCGGGCCGUCUCGCUCGCCCAGCCCCCUCGGGCCUCCACAGCCCGCGGCAGUCGCCCACGAGCCCGCCCCUCUCCCUGUCCCACCGCUGCCUCCUGAAAUUACAUCUCCCCGGUUGACGAGCACCCCGAGCGCCGCAGACCGCGGCUCCCCGCCCCCCGCCGCGGCGCGGCCCUGCGGGCCUGUGCCUUGGCAGCAUGGGAGCGGGCCGGGGGCCGGCCUCGCGGGGGCAGGGCUUGGGGCCGCCGCGAGCAGAGCGCGCCCUCCGAGGGGAGAGACGGCGGCGGCAGGGGAGGCGGCCGGACGCCUGCCGGGAGCGGCUCCCGAGCCCCCCGCCUCCCUGGCCGCGCGGCCCGCCGACGCCAUGGCCAGCGGGACCGAGGAUCCGGACAGCCGGGAGGCGCAGGCCGUCUGCGAGGCCCUGGGGCGCUACGAGGACGCGCUGCGCGGCGCCGUCCGGGAGAUCCAGGCGGACAUACAGGUGUUCAAGCAGGGGGUAGGCCGGCAGGUGGAGGAGGUGCUGCGCCUCGCCAGCCCCUUGGCACACACCGUCUCUGAGCUGCAGCAGGAGAACCGGCGCCUGCGGGCGCAGCUGGAGCGCCUGACCCGGCAGGUGGACGCCCUCGGCCGGUCGGCGGGGCUGCCGCAGGAGCGGGCGGACGAGGAGGCGGGGAGCGCCCCGGCCGCGGGGCCCGGUUCUCCGGGGCAGGGCUCGGCCGGCGGCAGGUUCUCUAGCCAGGCCAAGCUAGCGGUCACCGGUCGGAGCCAAAGUGUAGAGCUGGAUGGCCACCACAAACCUGAGUAUAGAAGAGUUUUUAGUUCUUCCAUUGUUGAAAAUGGGCAUCAGUGUUCAUCAGGUCAGGCAAAAUUCUGCCACGAACUGACCCCUUUUCAAAGGUCAGGCUCUUUGCCGGAAGCCCAUGCCCCUGCAGUCACCUUGCAGAUGCCCCACCUUCCCGUUACUGCAGUGACCAGGGUUUCAGAGAAGCUCUCCGGAGAGGCUGGCUGUGCGGCCGGAGCAGCGAGCGCGCCUGCUGGCCUGCUGGGGCAGAGCAGGAGCAGACCCGCGCCGGCAGCCAAAACCUCUGACCAGUCGGCCAGGGCCUGGAGCUCAAGUAUGGUGAGAACAAUGGAGUCACCUGCCACUGGAGAGAAUACUACUUCUGUUGCUAAGUCUGUCUCAACUGUGAGCUAUGGGACAAGUAGUGGAAGCAAAACUGGCGAAAGCGCCGCUGACAGUUGCCGUGAUGUGACCCCCAGCUCUCGCUCCUCUCCCCCCGCCGCACGGCGCCAGGUUGACAGGAGGCGGGAACUGGUGCGGUCUCAGACGCUCCCACGGACUACAGGAGCACAGGCCAGGAAAGCGCUUUUCGAGAAAUUUGAACACGAUGGUGGAAAAGGAAAAGGAGAAUCCAGAGCUAAGCUGAAGAGAUCACAGAGUUUUGGAGUUGCCAGCGCUAGCAGCAUUAAACAAAUUCUGUUAGACUGGUGUCGCUCAAAAACCAUCGGAUACAAGCACAUUGAUCUCCAGAACUUCUCCUCAAGCUGGAAUGAUGGGAUGGCAUUCUGUGCUCUUGUGCAUUCUUUCUUUCCUGAAGCUUUUGAUUAUAAUAAGCUUGACCCAGCUAAUCGCAAACAGAACUUUGAGCUGGCCUUCACCAUGGCUGAGAAAAUGGCUCAUUGUGAUCGUCUGAUAGAAGUGGAUGACAUGAUGGUGAUGGGUCACAAGCCAGAUCCCAUGUGUGUCUUCACCUACGUCCAGUCUCUGUACAAUCAUCUACGACACUUUGAAUGAGACCAUCGACAUCUCUCCAGCCAGAAGGGUCAAGUACAGUACGCUAAUGCGAAGAGGGACUCUAUGCAAAUGGAACGCAGUGUUAUUUCUUGCUUUUUACUGUCCCUUUUCUUACAUUCAACUGUGUGGCUGGCUGACUGUGCUGUUGCUGGGCAGUGCCCCAAAGUGUUGAUUGCAUCAGCAUGGCAAUAAUACAGAAAUGUGUUUGAAAAAGACAAAAGAAAAUAGGGAAAGGCAAAUUCUGUCACUUUGAUGCUAGUACUAGGUUGGAUUUUUAAUAUUCUUGUGAUUAAAGAUCACAGAAAACUAAUUUGCUGCUCCUUUCUCUGUUAGGCUGGGGACAGAGUUUUACGCAGUGACAGGUAACUCUGCUCAAAGGUGCUCCUUCUUAAAAUGCAGGUAAAACUCCAGAAGAUAGCACCUUCAAUUCCAGUGCUUAAUUUAGUGUAACACAAAAGAAACAGCAGAUGGACAAGAAGAAUUCAGUUUAGCAAAUAACCUGGAGUACUCAACCACGAGGGCAAUAUGGCCUCUCCUCCCGCCCUGCCCACGGCAUUGCUCUGUUCUCUUAAAGUAGAAAGAGAGCAUAGCCUCUUACCUGCUGCAAUGACAGGUAACUACCAUGUUACACAACAGUGUUUGUCUGUAAAAGUCAAAUCUAAAGUGAUUUGCGUAGAGGCUUGCUAAAGCCACUGCUGGCAGUUGUGGAUUAACUCCUUGAUCAUGAAGAACAGCAACUGCUGGGGCUGUCCUGUGUAUGAGAUCAUAUGUUUGCAUGAUUUAGGAUUACGGGAGAGGGCGGAGCUAGCAAGGUACAAAAUCCUCUGAACAGUUGUAAUAAAAGCAAGACUGUAGUCCACUUUGACCUGGACUCUAGGGGAGAGCAGCUCUGCAGUGUCUCCACGGCUUGCUCAGUCCUCGUGGUGACGCUGAGGUGGACAGGCAGUGUGCCAAAAGAAGUAUGAACAAUGUGGGACUUUUGAAAUGCCUUGAACUAGUUUCCGUUUGCAGUUAAAUUAGUGUUAAAACCACAAUACAGUGGGAUUAUUCCAGAUUUACAAAAAGAUCUUGUGUCACCCUUUCUGGUUUUCUCUUUGGUAAAUCAGUAGAACUUUGUUUUCACAAUCAAUUUUAAAAACAAAACCACUAAAAAAGCAUACUUUAAACAAAGAAAGAAGCCUUUUCAAAUUAUUUCUUUCCUAAGAACUGGCUCAUAGAAAGUAAAAACUGAAAGCUGUGAGCCCUCUGCUCAUGCUAGAGAAUGUUUUCUAAUCUGCAUUUGUGCUUUUCAUAGCUAUAUUUAUAAAGAUGACUUUGGUUCUGUAUUGGUGACCAUUUAUAAUAAAAUACGUCAAACACUC